AUGGAUAGUAUUUGGAGUGUUCUCCUUUUGGCGGGGGGGCCUCAAUCCAACUCAUCAUUACCGCCGAUAGAACAAUUUGUUCUGGAAGAUCUCAUCACUGAAGUCCUAUCUUGCCUUAACGUGAAAACCAUCUUGCGAUUCAAAUGUGUGAGCAAGUCAUGGAACACUCUCAUCUCCGAUCCAGCCUAUGUCAAAAAAUACCUUAACAAGUCGUCAAAUAACCCACACCUCAUACUCAAACCACCAACUUUUAAAUACCUUAUGAGUUGUGUCAAUACCAUACAUGUGCACCGUUUCCUCAAAAAUCGUUGUAUCAUUUUUUCAAGGGACAAUUGUCGCGGUGGUUUGAAUUCCAAUAAUUGUGAAGUGGUUGGUUCAUGCAAUGGAUUAUUGUGCUUUCUUCUUAGUUCUCGUAAUAUGGAGUGUUAUAAGUAUUCGUUUCGUUUAUGGAACCCUGACACGGGUACAAGGUAUGCCGAAUUUGGGACUUGUUAUGAAUAUGACCUUUGUGGGAUCUCUUUAAUGUUCACUUUUGGCUGUGACAUUUUAACUGGAACUUACAAUGUGUUGGAGUUUCACAAAGAACAAGAUAAAGACAACCAUGGUCUAUUGAAAAGUCAGAAGCAAGAGAAGAAGAGAGAAGAGGAGGAGAAAACCCUAGUUUCGGAUAAGAGAGCCGGAAAGCUGUGGCUUCGAAGAUUCGAGAGAAUUCUACAUGCUCUCUGGUCAAAGGACGGUUUAUGCAUCAAUCUAACAGUUUAA